AUGGCGGCCCCCGUGUUGCGGUGCUUUUCCCGGGGCCGGUGGUUUGGGACCCCAGGCCCAUCAGGAGUCUUGCUCCUGGGACCGCGUGAGGCCCAUUCGGGCGCUCAGGGGUUGCUGGCGAUGCAGAAGGCUCGCGGUCUUUUCAAGGAGUUCUUCCCCGAGAGGAGUACGAAGAUAGAGCUCCCAGAGCUCUUCGACCGUGGCAGGGGCAACUUUCCCCAGACCAUCUACUGCGGUUUUGACCCCACGGCCGACUCGCUUCACGUGGGGCAUCUGCUAGCGCUGCUGGGCCUGUUUCAAUUCCAGCGAGCGGGCCACAAUGUGAUCGCACUGGUAGGAGGUGCCACCGCGCGCCUGGGAGACCCCAGCGGCCGUACCAAGGAGCGGGAAGCGCUGGAACCAGAGCGCGUGCGAAGCAAUGCGCGCGCCCUACGCCAAGGGCUCGAGGCCAUGGUGGCUAAUCACCAGCAGCUCUUCGCGAAUGGGCGGACCUGGGGAAGCUUCACGGUACUGGACAAUGCGGCCUGGUACCAGAAGCAGCACCUGGUGGACUUCCUAACGGCUGUGGGUGGGCAUUUCCGCAUGGGCACGCUCCUGAGUCGUCAGAGCGUCCAAACCCGGCUCAAGAGUCCCGAGGGCAUGAGCUUGGCAGAAUUUUUAUACCAGGUGCUCCAGGCUUAUGACUUCUAUUAUUUGUUCAAGCAUUAUGGAUGCCGGGUCCAGCUGGGUGGAUCUGAUCAGCUGGGCAAUAUCGUGUCCGGAUACGAGUUUAUCCACAAGUUGACUGGAGAAGAUGUAUUUGGAAUCACUGUUCCUCUAAUUACAAGUACAUCCGGAGCAAAAUUGGGAAAGUCGGCUGGUAAUGCUGUUUGGCUAAGCCGAGAGAAGACCUCUCCAUUUGAAUUGUAUCAGUUCUUUGUCAGGCAGCAGGAUGAUUUGGUAGAAAGGUACCUGAAGCUCUUCACUUUCCUGCCCCUUCCAGAGAUUGACCACAUCAUGCAGCUGCAUGUUAAAGAGCCGGAAAAGCGGGGUCCUCAGAAGCGACUCGCUGCAGAAGUUACAAAGCUCGUUCAUGGACAAGAAGGGCUGGAUUCUGCUAAAAGGUGUACGCAUGCCCUUUAUCACAGCAGCAUCGAUGCCCUGGAGGUCAUGUCUGAUCAAGAGUUACGAGAGUUGUUUAAAGAAGCUUCAUUUUCUGAAUUAGUUCUUGACCCAGGAACAAGUGUCCUAGAUACAUGCCGCAAAGCAAAUGCCAUUCCAGAUGGUCCCCGAGGGCAUCGGAUGAUAACAGAAGGUGGAGUCAGUAUAAAUCACAGACAAGUAACGAAUCCUGAGUGUGUUUUGGUUGUUGGACAACAUAUUCUUAAGAAUGGACUUUCAUUACUAAAAAUAGGAAAAAGGAAUUUCUACAUUAUAAAAUGGCUUCAGCUAUGAUGAAAAAUCCUUCAGGUGGUUCAAACUUACCCAUCUCCUAAGAUGUACCAAAGGCUGGCUCCAGAACUUACACUUUUGCUCAUGUAAGUCAAGCCAUAGAGAAUGGAGUACUCUCUAGGCCCCAGAGUGUGAGUAAUUUUCUUAUUUCCACAGGGUGGUUAAGACAAGUGCUGGUGUAAUAAUGCGGUAUUUUAUCUCCUGAGCUGCAGGUGUUAAGGACUACCAUAGAACUAUGAGUGCCAGGGAUAAUCUCUUUUUUAAAAAUUCUAUUUCAUGGAAGAACUAUCCUAUCCUUUUUGUUCCCUUUUUAGAGAUGAGGAGGAACAGUGAAAAAGAGGGUGGCGUAAGGACUCAUGGAUACUUUUAUAUCAGGGGUUUAUCUCCCUGAUUUGACUCACGGACACCAGCAGGGCCUCUAGUGUUCACAUUAGAAAUGUGAAAAAUAGUAUUGGAAACUUGAAAAUUUCUGAAUUUUUUGUUGUUGAUUAAAUCCAGUUCUCCUUAAGAAGACAGGUAUUACAUACAUUAAGCCAUAGUUGGCAGGAGAAAUUCUAGUAGAAAGUUUACAUUCAAAGAAAAUCCGUACUUUUCAGAAGGUUUCUAAUUGAGUUUUUUAGUCCCUUGCCUGUGUUUCAGUAUAAUUAAAUUUACUCACAGCUUUGUUUUGCCAAAUUACUGAGGCAGCAGUAUUUCAUAAAUUUGGAAACCUAGCUUUAAGUUUCAGCGUCUGUCUCCAAGCAGAUUGCAACUUGAGAUAAACUGAAAAGUAACUAGAGUGAAAACAGAGGCAAAUAUUAUACCAAUAUCCAAUCACAGGAGAAUAUCAUAAGGAAUUCAGGUAAGGGAAGUUUUCCAGACUUAGAAUCCAGACCUAAUUAAGCUCUCUAUACAUUAGGCAAGUCAAUUCUUAGAACUGUUUCCACAUCUCAAAAAUCAGGGUAAUAUCAGUGUAUUUCCCUGAGGACCAAGUGAAAUACACAAAUACAAAAUGGUUCACAAUUUGAUUCCUUCUAGAAAAUCUUAUAGGCAGCAAAGCAUGUAGUGUUGAAAUUCUAAGCAUUUACCACCUGGAUUACAUGGAACAAAUCACUGUCUUUAUGUGUGAAACUGGAGAUGUAAUAAUCUCUGAAUUGUGAGAAUAGGAAAAAAUUUGUAAAACUUUUAUACAGUAUAAGCUGUAUUAUGUUCCAAUUAGAUUAAUGUUAUGUGUUAAACUAUAGUUUAUCUAAACCUUUCUCUGGGAGCAAAGUUAAGAAGAAUUCAUUUAUUGACAAAACUUUAAUGUCAUUUCAUACCAGCAAUUUUAUUUACAUAGCAAGAACAUACAGGUGUCCACUGUAAAUGUCAGAGAUCGUCUAAACAUAUCAGAGCUUCACUGUUUGAGAGCCAACAAAGGAAGGUUUUCUAACUUUCCAAACCUUUCUUGCCUCUUGUACAAGGUGUGUAGUGCCAGCAAGUACAUUACCGUAACCUAUCUUUAAAGGUAACAUUUCCAAUUUGAAAUAUGUUUGAUGUGGAGAAUGGUGCCCUGUUAAGUUCCCCGCCCCCUUACAAGUUUAAAAGUCUGAAAUGGUAGUCAUCUGAUGUAUCUGAAGUCAGUCAGUCAUGGAUGGCUAUACUGAGGUUGAAGAAUGGCAGAGUGACUUCAGAGUGUGUGCUAAUAGACAUUUAGGUAGUGUGCAUUCUCUCCAGAUUGGUACUGCUCACAGAUUCAAAGGAGUACCAUAUUAGAGAUGAUUGAAUCUGUUCAUGGUUGAGGUCAGUUGCUGAGCCUGUUGUUUGCUAGUAAAUGGGUACCGUAAGCUCAAGUUACCAGACAUGCUUUCCCUGCCAGGAGUUCUUCAUAAAUGUCGUAACUUAGGAGAAAGGUUAACAUGUUCAGUAAAUUCUAUAUUAUGGAAAUAUAGUAUCUGUCAGAGAUGGAGCUAAAUGCUUUAAGGAUUUUGACCCGUAUCUUAAAAUUUUUAAUGUAAUGCAUAUCAAGAAUCACCUGGGGAAUUUUAAUAAAAUGUGAAUAUGUUCUAAACCUCACCCCCAACCUCUUUGAAUGCAUUUUAGUAGCCUAAGCCUUCGGAUGUGUGGCUGUGUCCAGGUAUUUUUCUUUACAGAGUUCCACUAUAUAUAUAGUGUUCCACUCUAAAAUAGAGUAUUUUCUAAUGCAUUUUGUUGGUGUGAAGCAACUUUUUUUUUUAACCAACUAAUAGAGAAGAUACACUUCAAUGAUCACCACAGGAUUUGGUUUUAAGUCCCAGCUCCAAGUGAAUCUUGGGACAUGGUGUAAGUGAUCUAAUUUAAAGAUGGAUCUGAAUUAUUAUAUUUGAAAAUAAUGCAGAACG